AAAAAACCGUUGCUAGGGUCCGUUGCUAAGACGCUUCACAGAACUUUCCCGCCUGCUCUAUAGCUGUGACGUUUACAACUACAAUUUUCUUUUCAGAAACCUACGUCAAUGGCUAGUAAAGACGAAGUAAUUGGCGUAUCGCGAUCAGGCCGUGUCCGAAAGAAGUCGUCUAAGCUACUGGACUACGAAUCACCAGACGAAACAGAUAUUCGUCCUAAACGAGGACAAAAUUACUCUGCAAGGGGAAAACCUAAAAAGUCUAUUGAGCCAGCAAAAGCACGACUUACAGUCCCUCCUUUACAAAUUCGCAUUCCCAAAAGUGUGAGCCAGUCAAGUUUCAAACAAGAAGCUUAUGAAGAAGAUGCAUCUAACAGUGACAGUGAUGAAUUCAGCAAUUCACUUGAUAAAGAAGAGCUUGAUACUUACCAUGAUGACUCUAACAGCCAACUAGAUGAAUAUGAGCAAAAUGACAGCCUCAUAAAAGAUACUGAAAAAAUGAAACACCACAGCCAUAACUCCAAUUUCAAGAGAGAUAUAGCUGAUAUGGAAGAAGACAGUGAUGACCAUAUUGAUCUGGAAACAAAUUCAGAUAGUGAAGCUGAUGUUGAUAUAGCAGGUCCUUCAGACCCUCCUCACUUUUUAGGAACCACUAAACAACCUUCACUCUAUCUUCUUGAAAAUGCAAAGAAAAAAAUUGUGUUGAAAGAUGGGAAAUUGGUAGCCGCCCGGCAGAAAGCGCAACGCAAGGAUAAAGGGAAAACAAGAUUCACCGCGUACAUGCUUUGGUCGAAAGAAAUGAGGCCAACCGUGAGCCGACAAAAUCCUGACCUUAAAUUCGAACAAGUAUCCAAACGACUAGGAGAACUUUGGUCUACUGUCUCUCAAGCGGAACGGAUGACAUGGAAACGACGAGCGAUGCGCCAAGGAACAAAGUCUUCUGGUGGCAUGAUUUCUACGGGAACGAAACCGCAACCCAUUAACCGAAUAAAAACAACGGUAUCAUCAAAACGUGUUUUCGCAGGUGCUCGCACUACAGCCAAACCACUCAGUCCACCGAAGCAGCGUUUUGCUAGCUCUGAGGGAUUUGAAAAUGUUACCAUUGCGGAGAAUGAAAGUUCUACGCUUACCUCACCAUCCAUGAUCGUGCAGCCGAGAGCUCAUGAACUGGAACCACUAGAUGUAGCGACGCACCUUCAUCUUCUAGGAGAAUCUCUUUCUGUCAUCGGUUCUCGGCUGAAGGAGCAGAACGGACAAAUCGCCGUCUCGGGGAGCCUAUCUGUUCUCCUGGAUUCGGUGGUCUGCGCUCUUGGGCCUUUGCUCUGCCUCACACGUCUCACACCCGAAACGGAUGGCUGCCCACCCGAGACUCUCAGCCGCAUUUUGGAUAACAUCGCUUAUAUCAUGCCCGGACUAUAAAUGAAACAAUCUAUGCUUCGUCUUGUGAACCAAAUGCGAUGUAAUAUUCCUCUAAAUGUCUCCCUAUUCGACAUUGGUAGCCAGUCCAUGUUUAGCAAUUAAACUACGAACUUUC